AUGGAGACGCCCCAGAUGGACGCCCGGCUCGUGACGUUCCUCAACGACAACCUGGUGGCCCUCGUGGUGGCCUUCGUGGCCAUCGCGGCGAUCCAGGUGUACUGGUUCGCGACGCGGCCGCCGCGCCCCUUCCUGAUGCCCGACCUGUACCAGCCGCUGACACUGUCGAUGAAGCGGAACGUAACGCACAACACGCUGUUCCUGCGCUUCAAGCUGCCCGAGGCGAACCAGACACUCGGGCUGACCAUAGGGCGGCACGUGGCGUUCACCUUCACGGAUCCGAAGACGGACAAGCCGGUGUACAGGCCGUACACGCCCGUCACGGACGCGGACACCAAGGGGCACGUGGACUUCGUCAUAAAGGUGUACAAGGGCGGCCAGAUGUCGCAGCAUUUGGACAAGCUGGAAGUGGGGGACAGGGUGGAGAUGAAGGGGCCCAAGGGCAGGUUUACGUACAAGCGGAAUAUGAAGAAGAGCAUAGGAAUGCUGGCUGGAGGGACGGGCAUCACGCCCAUGUACCAGGUCCUGAACCACAUCCUGAACGACCCCAAGGACACCACCCAUGUGAGCCUCAUCUAUGCCAACAUCUCGGUUGAGGACAUCCUGCUCAAGAAGAACCUGGAGCAGCUGGUGUCCAAGUACCCUACGAGGUUUGAUGUGUACUACACGCUUGACAACCCACCCAGCGGCUGGAACCAAGGCAAGGGCUACAUCUCAGGAGACAUGAUUAAGAACAAUUGCCCACCACCUGGUGAUGAUGUGCUGAUGCUGUACUGUGGUCCAAGUCCAAUGACCGCAGCGAUGACCACGUUGCUGGAUGACUUGGGGUACUCGAAAGAUAUGAGAUUCCAGUUUUGA